CAAAAAGGAUUUGAAGGACUUUAUUAUUAAAGGCGAAUUCCGGUGGUUUGGAUUAACAAUGUAUCCAAUAGGUCAGGUCCUAUGUAAAUGCGAUGUUAAUCCUCUCUCAUUUAAUGGUGUUUUGAGAAGAUUUUUAUCGGCAAUUACGAAUUUUCACGGGCGCCGUCAUUUUGGCGAAUCACGUGACCUACGUGUGCGGGUGUGACGUAAUAAAUAAAAGCCAAAGGCUCAAUGACGUCUGGAAACAAUUGUGGCCAGCGCUGAUUUCUCGGAUUUAUCGCGGACGCGGAGUUUGACUACUCAAGAGGCCGACCCGCGGGACAUUAAGUGCAUAAACAAAGGCACCGGAAUUCCCCUUUAAAGGCCUUGGGUUCUAUUUUCGGUAGCCAUAAAGCCACCAUGGCAGAUUGGUAAGCGGUAAUUUUGCAGACGCGUCCGAGGGAGUGUAUUUUAAAAGAGGGCGGUCUGCGUCGCUGUAGGAGCUGACCGAGUUUGCUACCAAUCAAAAAGGCUCCUCUCGUUCCCUUUAAGAGUGGCGCAGUGACAGUCUCGCACUGAUUACGUCUGUGUGCACAAGAGGAUGAGGAUGAAUCUGUCUGAGUGGAGAAUUGUCAUUGGUGGUGGUUGCUGUGGGAACAGACAAUAGAGCAUGAACUGGUGAUUACCACUGGUAAAUUAACGGUCUCAUCUAUCUUGUGCAGCUUUAGAAAAAGCUUUGUAACCCUUUCUAAUUACUUCAUUUCUCUGUUGUUCUUGAAAUGUUUUGGGGUCAGAUUGAUUUUGUCCGAUAAAUUCAGUUUUAGUCCUUUUUUUUAAUUGAGCAGGUCGGGAAGUAAUCAGGCUUGAGUGUGUGAGUGAAAACUAACCAAAAAUCAUCAUUAGCCACAAUUAUUUCAUGGCUUAACAAGGGGUUAUCACCUUUUAACACAGGGCUAGGUAACCUAGGAUAUUUUUUUUUCCUUAAUAAACAAAUUUACGACAGAAUUUUCAGUUCACCUGGAUUAUAUUUGUCCGAGAUGUAAUUUACAUUUGUUUGAUGAUCUUAAACAUUAAAGUGGGGUAAGAAUUUGAGAAGGGGGCCAAUUAUUUUUUCAUACCACUAAAUGGCUUUUGUGUAGUGUCAGGACAAUUUCAUGGUCCUGAGUUCCAAUCCCACCAGCAAAGAUAUGAGGGCCGAUACUGGUGUAUCAGUCCAUAGCUGGUUAGGUGGGCAACACUGUGAAUAUUUGUCAGUACGUCUGCUCCGCAGUUCUUCAAUUUGGGGUUUGGAUUUGGAUCGCGGCCUUCCUCUGUGGCAUUUGCAUAAACUCCCCUUGCUUUUGUGGGUCUUCUUCAGGGACUCUGGACUCUGAAAUAUUUCCAAAUGUUGCCUGUGCGGUCCAGAACAGUUUUCUGAUGAAACAAGGUAUGCACACAGUUGCCCGUGAAGUUGGAAUUAAUUUCGUUAUUUCAACUUUUUGAGCAAUGGUGUAUUUUCAAAUGAGGUCCGCAAGGGCAAGUUAGGACCUCAACAGUCCGAAGGCCCAAAUGCACAAUACAGCAAAUCCCAUUACUACAGCUUUACAACAUAAAGUUUACCAGAAGCUCGGCGUGAUGCGCCCUAAUUUAUGCAGCAUCGUAUUUCUUGUCUGUACUCUACCUCAAUUAUGGAAACACGAGCAGGGCUUCUGUCUAACCAAAUAAACAAAUACACAAUCAAUAGCCACUGGCUCCAAGCAGUGACUCCACAAAUCUUUUUUUUUCCCCCCCUUUUCCCCAGUCCACAUACCGUGUAGCUCCACGGGUUUUUCCCGGCACUUCUGUCAUUGCGCCGCUCAGCGCGGCUCUUAUUGACACGCGCUGCUAUUUUUAAUCCGAGCGGUUUAAGUGUUUCAAAACGUGUCAAAAAAUGCCGCUUUCUUUCCGGAGGGAAAGAUUGAGAUCAUCGGUGGGGGUGGAGAAAGAGCACAAUGCCUUCCAACUUGCCGCCAGUCAUUUCAAUAUGGUGGCUUCUCCGUGUUUGCCAUCUUUGUUUUUGAUUGUAUUGAGCUAUAAACCAUUUCCUCUGGCUUGUCACUAUGUCUCCUCCGCGACGGCUGUUAACCAACCACUUCCUGCUUCUUGCCCCAUAAAUACAUCCAACAAGUUAGUUCCAGUGCAAAUAAGACUUCUCUCCCAUAAUGGAGCAACUUUCAUCUCAACAAACAUCCGUGGAAAAUGACUUUUGGCUGCUGGGCCUCCACCCCCCUGAGGACCUCUGGCGAGUUUCAAACACUGAACCUCAGAACUAUGAGUCAGACGUGGCAACCGCAACUCCCCGUUGAACGUGUCUACCUUUUGAGAUCUCUUUCCUUCCGUCCUCUGCACGAUUCCUACUUGUUCUCCCAGCAGACGUCCACCAGUGAGCGACUGCGAAUCGCAGCCCACAGGAACAGCGGAAGCCUGCCGAAGAGUUUGCUGGUGAUGGCCAUGCUGGCGGUGGUGGUCACGUGUGGAAAAGGAGCAGGGAAGCCGACGGAAUGCUGCAAGAAGGUCAGCAGCAAGGAGAUCACGGAGGAAGUGUUGGCAUUCAAAGUGGAAAUACCUCAAUUGCCAUGCCUGCCAGCCGUCAUCUUCUACACCAAAGAUGGCUACUACUGCGCUCAAAUCCGCGCUCCGUGGGUCCUUGAGAAGACUGCUGCUAUUAGAAGGGCGGCCGUCGCUCGGGCUUUGACCACGAGCUCGCCAUCCCACAGCUCGUCCGUCCUCGCCCCCGCUUCUUCAUCGUGAUCAUCCUCCUCUUCGUCGUUGCAAGAAGAUGAGCAUGAAGCCUAUUUUGGAGGAUGAAGACUUUAGUCUCUUGCAAUUAUUUAUUCAUGUUAAUUUAAUCUUGCAGUAGUCUGUAUUUAUGAGCUAAACGUUGCACCUGUAACUUAUUUUUGUGCCGGAAAGCCUCCAGAGGCCUUCAGGUUAAAAUGUGUGGCGGUCAGCACAUUGUUGGAACUUUGAUGCAAAGUUCAAAUAUACUGUCAUUGCAAACACUGAAUAAACUUCCUGUAAGUUGACUUCACAUGCAAUUGUAUUUUUACAUUGAAAAAAAAUUAAUUGUCUUUAACACAUUUUUAAAAAUCUCCAGUAUAAUCCAAUGCAAUAAAUCACUUCAGCUUUUAAGAAUCACAUCGAACACUCAAUUGAGCAGGAUAUAUUUUUUUUGUUUGCAAUGUGAAGCACCAAAUUUAGUGAC